AUGAGGUUUACAGCACUACUAUCCCUCCUUCCUUUGGUCUCUGCACAGCUUGCUCUGCCCAACCCACCCUUCCUACCCCCUGACAUCUCUGCCGGCGCCAUAUCUACGACUGGUGGUGGCUUGCCGAAUUCUGCCUGGUCUUCCUUGCUCGGGUCUCUUUUGUAUUUCUAUGACGAGCAGCGCAGUGGUGUCCUUCCGUCCACAAACCGUGUACCAUGGCGCAAUGAUAGUUUGAUUUACGAAGGAAAAGAUCUCGGUAUCGACCUCAUAGGUGGAUUUUACGAUGCUGGAGAUUUCUCCAAAGAUACCUAUCCUCUGAGUUUUGCCCUUAUGUCUAUGUGCUGGGGUGCAACAGACUUUGGGAAAGGAUACGACAUGGCCAAUCAAACGGCCUACCUUGACGAUACUUUACGAUGGGGCCUUGACUGGCUUAUGAAGGCUCACCCCAACGCAUCUUCUCUGGUUGUAAUGGUCCCUAAUGGCAAGUUUGACAACUCUUACUGGGGCGGUGACAGGAGUAUUCCUUCUCCCCGUCCAGUGUACAUGAUCAACGACGCAAAUCCUGGCACUGAUGCUGCGGCCCAAGCAGCUGCAGCCUUUGCAGCUUGUUCUAACCUCUAUGCCAGCCGCUCGUUCAGUUCCGCGUACUCUUCACCUGCUUCGUUGAAAAACGAUUCAUAUGCCGAUACUCUGCUUACUCACGCACAACAGCUUUAUUCCUUUGCAGUCAACGCGACGAGCGGGCGUAAGACGUACCAGACGUCUGUUCCGCAGGUCACUUAUGCGUAUGCUUCUUCUGGAUAUGGUGACGAGUUGACGAUGGCCGCGCUCUUCCUAGCAGCCGCUACAGGAUCAUCAUCUCUGUACAAAGACGCUGAGACUUUCUUCUCCAAAUACGGCCUUGGUAAAGACCCAAGAGUAUUCAACUGGGAUUCGAAGACCCCCGGACUCCUUGUUCUUUUUGCGCAGCUUAACCAGGCUUCGUCCAACUACGGCGGUAACUUUACAACAUGGAGAACGCAGGCGGAAAAUUAUUUCGACGAUAUCGUCAACCACAAGGGACCAGGAUUCAUGACAGACGAUGGUCUGUUGUACUAUGAUGGUGAUUCGGAUGAUGCUUCCUUGAACCCUGCAUUGAACGCCGCUAUGCUCUUGAACCGAUUCGCUCCUCUUGCAUCAAACUCCGAAAAGAAGACGGCUUACCAGAACUUUGCCAAAAGUCAAAUUGACUAUGCUCUUGGAAAGAACUCCAUGUCCAUGCCCUAUAUCGUCGGUGUCAACCCAAAUUCACCGACUAACCCCCACUCAGCAAUGGCAGCUGGUGGUUUCGAUAUCGGUCAGAUUGACACAGACCCGCCAAAGGAAGCGUACGUUCUUGCUGGCGCUGUUGUAGGAGGCCCAGAUCGCCGCGGAAGGUUCUUCGAUAUCCGAAGUGACUGGCCACAAACCGAGAUCGCACUGGACUACAAUGCACCUAUGCUCACUCUCGCAUCAAUGCAAGUGGCCAGCGACUCGAGCGAUCCAUUCUAUACUUCGCUCCAGCCUGGCGCGUACGACAAGGUCAGGCCCAAGGGUCGCCCGUGCGACUCUGCAAUACAGGAUGGGUGUCAGGGCUCCAGGCUCAGCAAAAAUGCCACUCUUGCGAUGGCCAUUGUCAUCACCGCCGUCGGUCUGCUCAUAGUUGGUCUCUCUGCAUGGUACAUCAUCCUGGUCAGGAAGUCCCGGGGGUUCGGCAAGGUUAGCUACUAA